CGGUGACUUCUUUCUGAUUGGUCUACACUAGCUCUCCACCCAAUUUCUUAGCAACCAAAUUCAAAAUGGCGGACGAGCUGCCAUGAAUUUAUAACUGUUUAGGAACCGAUGUCGCACUAAACAGUCAGUUUAUUUCGACAGUUGUGUUACAUUUGAUGACGUAUGAUGAUGACCUGUUCUAAGAACUCGUCUUAUCUUCACUUUGUACAACGGAUGUGUGAAGUAACGUCUUUCUACCAUGAUGAAAUUCUAAUGUUUACCACGAACCCCUCGACAGGUGAGAGAUCUUCAAAGAACUUUUAACCGAUUCAGUGUCUAUGAAAUGUAUGUUAUUAUAUAGGAACGUUUCUUACUCAUGUUUUAACAAAUGUUGCACUGAUCACCAAGGAAUGGGGUGAUGGAAAAAACAAUGAGCUCCAGUCCGUUGGACUUAACCCCGUUGGAUAACUCAAAUGAACUACCCUAACAUGCACCAACCCUUCGAUUUUGUUUUUGUUUUCGGUAGUCACAACAAACACCACGAAAUGGAAGCGAUUAUUUUGAACAUUAAAAAUCCUCUCUUUGAAAUAUAGCGUGACCCAAGUCGUGUUACAUUCUUCAAUAUUGGUCAGGAAGUAAGGCGGGAAAUCGAUAAUAUUAACUGUGACCUUCAGUAUAUAGAUUGACGUAGAUGCAAAAUAUAUUUUCCAUGUACAUCAGUUGGCAUGGCUAUGUUUGGAAGGAGAUUAUAUUUAUAGGACUUGCACACCCAUUUAAAGCCGCAUUGUAAACAUAUUUAUGGUCAAGAAGAGCAACACCUUUUUUUUUUUGUUUACUGAUUUUCUUAUUCAAAAUGAAUUUAAAAUUGUAUCAUGGUGAUUUAUUGCAAGAAUGAUUGCUCAUCACAGGUUCUUAAGCAUUGAAAUAAGAGCUAAAAGAUUGUAAUUGCUGUCGAGUUAAGUAUUAUUUCUGUUACGUAUUAGUCUUUGUUUUUGUAUUAGUGACGCUUCGAUAUCAUAUGUCAGACCUCGUGCGUUGUCGUUUGCGGUAGAUAGUUUAACAAGAGAGCUCAUUGCGAGUGUUUCUGCGUUCAUUGCGACUCAUUCAGGCGUUACAGAGAGGAAAAUCGGUAAGCGACCGUAUUAUUGUAUUGAUUUCCUUGUUUUCUUUUCCUGUCACCGAAUGUUGCAUUGUUAGCUGUGUUUGCGCUCGUGUAAUUGAUAUGUAUUUGUGUCAUAAAAUAGUUAUUUUAGUUUCAGUCCUUUAGUAUCGCUUAGUCUAGGUUUUUAAUUGUAUUUUAGUUUGACGGUUUUGGACAUCAAGUCACAAUUAGUACGAAUAAACUACGUUUGGAAUUAUAGUUGGUCUUUGGUGUCUUGAAUCAGUAUUUCGCUCGAUGUCCUCGCAUUAAAUCCUGUGUAUCUUUGGGACAUUCCGACGUUGUUUCGACGCCUGGAGCUAUAAAGAUAAUAGACGGUUAAUCUCUUUUUACAAAAUUCAAAUUUUUGAUUGGGGUCUUCAAAGUUGACCUCAGUAGCAUUUAAAUGUAAAUUGGCCAAUUUGUCUUAUCGGAUUUUUAAUUUAGCUAAGUUAGACACUGAGAAACCUAUGAGUUUCAGUUGUGCUCUGCAGGCAUCAAGUGGUCUCCCCAGAAAUUUUAAAUUAGAAGGCAGAAAUUGUAAUUUCUCUUGCUUUUGCAAGACCUCACCAAAGUUAAUCUUUUGCAAUAAGUUUCAUAAUCAGUUAUCCCAUAGCAUGUUUCAGUGUCCACUGGAACACUUUCAUGUAGACAAAGAGACUUAAGAAUGUUUAUUAUUAAUAAACUGUGUAGUGUGGAAAAUUAAUUUGAGAAGAAACUAAAUGAACCUUAAUUUGUAAAACUUCUUUCAAAAUCAAGAAUUUGUGAUUUUUAUGUUAAAUGAACAUUUAAUUCCUGUUAUUUUUUUCUGGUUUAGUUUUCAUUUUCUAUCAUUUCUUAAGUUUGUUUGUGUUUUCCCUUGGUCCAAUUGGCUCUAAAAACCAGGUAUGUAUUUAUAAUGGGGUAAGCAAUGGCCAAAUUAAUCCAGUCAUUUGAGUGUCUUUUUUACACAGCAUGAGACAAUUAAAUGCUGAUACUUUUAGAGGCAGAUUGAAGUGAUGAUGCUGAGAUGACCUACCCUCAGCAGACAACAUACUGGAUUUGUAUAAACCUUUUUUAAGGAAGCUACAUCCUGCAGGUAAAAAUGAAAAUUCUUGGGUAAUCUGUUGGACUAGAAUGUUGGUUAUGUGAUCCGUAUUUGAUUAAAUAAAGCUAAAUCACUGUUGAGAAUGACCAGUUGAUAUCAUUUUUUUUUUUUUUUAAUAAGUGUAAAACUAGGAGAAGUACCCAGAGAUGAGGAAUGAUAGAGUCAAAUAUAAUAACGUGACUUAACUGACAUAUUGACAAUGUCAUUUUGAUUAAAAGGUUGUUAAAUACUAGUGCUCAAUCAGACUCAGUUUAUUCCCAGUAAUUAAAUGGGUUCUAAAAAAGUCUACCGAUGAUCUUUGUUGUUUUCAUUAUGCCUUCAUUUUACUACUAAAAGCUGGUGUCUUCAAAAAAAAUAUAUGGAAUAUUAUUGCUGCUAUGACACGCAUGUGAAUUUUAUGAGCAUUAAAUUUUGGAGGCAUUGUGGUUGAGUGGUUAGGGCACUGGACUAGUCUUGUGGUCUCAGGUUCAGCUCUUCACCCCAAUACUCACUGUUUUGUUUUUGGUUGCCCUAAGUUUAACUCCGAAGCUGUGCUUGUAAAAAGCUUACUGGUCUGCCCCAUGACUAGUUGGGAUCUUUGUUUUUGCAAUGUUUAUUUACAAUUUGUGUGAAUUGGCCCUGAGAAGCCCUACUGGGGAAGUGGUCAGUGAUUAUUAUCAUCAUUAUUAUUGUUAUUAUUUUAAUAACUCAUUGAACCUUCUGAUAACAGAAAUGAGUGAAGCAAGAAUCUGAAGAGGAUCACAAACUUCAGAAAGAGAAAAAGGAUAUUAUUAGGUGAGUCUCACUUCAUGGGGAGUUCUUCUACCCUGCAAAAGGUUUUCUAUUUGUUAAAAAAAUUGUCCAUCUUCUGUGCAGACAUCUGCUUGAAACUACUUCUAUUGAUGACAGAGCCCUUUCUACUUCACACAUACUAAUAUAAUAAUUUUUUUUUUCAUCGUCCUCUUACAAAGUUAUAAAGGAAAGUUAAAACUGUUCCUUCAUAAUAUAUUUUCAGAACACUGGCAAUUUAUUAAAGACUAUAGAAUGGUUAAGGCACAAUUGCCAGCUGAAGACUGCAUAAGAGACAUACAGAAUGGUAGAGUGUACCAAAAAUUCAUCCAGCAUGACCCUUGCGCCAGAGGAAAGAAAGCACUUUUAAUUGUAGUUAGCACUGAUGGGGCACCCUUGAUUAAGUCCAAGAAGUUUAAGAAGACACUUAUUUGUUUUCUUGUGGAGUUACCUCCCCAAGAAAGAUACAAAUUUGAAAACAUCCUACUUACUGGACUGUGGCAUGGGAAGUCUAAAUCACAUGUGCCAUCAUUUUUGAAACAUUUUACCGCUGAAUUAUUCAAUAUGGCAAAUGGCAGUAAUUUUAACAAUGAAACAUGUGAACUUGUGUCAUCAGUGUGUAAAAUCCAAUCUGUUAUACCACACCUGCCUGCCAAAGCCUUGCUUUUAAAAUAAUAUCAAGCAGCACAAUGGUAAAUUUGGCUGCAGUACUUGCAAACAUCCAGGGAGGUACAGUCAUUCUGAUGGGCAAAUACAUGUAAGGCUGUAUGAAAACUGGCCUUCUGGUACUGUGGCUGUCAGAAGAGCACAAGAAACCAGGAUGUUUGGGAGAAUUGUGGAGGCAAGAGGCACCACAGUGUUUGGCAUUAAAGGAGAAAAUGUGUUUUGUCAAUUGACUGACAUUCCAGACAAUUUACCUAUUGACUGGAUGCAUUGUGUUUGCAAAGGCAUCCUGAAAAGACAUGCAGCUAUUCAAAUGGUGGUUCAAUCUUCAGUAUGCUGCAGAUUCAAACAGUUUGCUAUAGGAAUUAGUCAUGAGUUAGACAACAUGUUCCUUUCUAUCAAAGUGCCACAUGACUUUACCAGAAAGCCAUGUAGUAUUGCUGAAUUAAAACACUGGAAAGCAUCAGAAUUUCAUUUGUUUGCCCUCUUUGCUGGACUGCCAUAUCCUCAAUAUGCUGUACUUUCUGAAGAAUUUGGCACAGACCACUUUUAUCACUUUGCACUAUACUGCUCUUCAUUUCCUGCACUCAGUUCCUAUUUCCAAACCUUGUGUAGAGGAGGCUCAAGUUUUGGUUGAUAACUUUGUGAAACUUUUACCAAGUCUUUAUGGUAUUGAAGAGUGUACAUACAAUUCCCAUGCUUAAUUCCACAUCUCUUUCCAAGAGUCCUUAGCACUUACUUCUGCUUUUGUAUUUGAAGCAUUUGUCGCUCACCUUGUAAAUCAGUUCUCUGGAACAAGGGGACUCCCAAAGAAAUUAAAUGGUGGAAAAACUAGGAGUAAGCCAAACCUACAAGGUGCAUGUUCCACAGAAAUGCAAAUCCACACCCAGUGCUACUAGGUUUGCAAAACAUCUUCUUGGUGAAAGGCCCAGUGUUUAGUAUACAGAAGGGAGAAUCCUGCUGUAUGAACCUGUGCACUUUGAAAUGCUGACACAGUUUCAAAAUGUCUUUUUUACAGCAUUUGGAAGUGGUCCUGUCCCAGAAUACUUGGUUUCCUAUAGGAUGACAAAAGAUCAUGUCACCUUCCACAGCAUGAUGUAUCCUAGAAAAGGAAAUUCGUGCAGCUACCUUGUCCUUUGUGCACAUGGGAAAUGCAGUGGUAGAGUGGUUUGCUACUUCCUCUUCUAAAAUGUUGCCUAUGCAUUGAUCACAGAGUAUGGCUUGAAUGGAUUGAUUGUUUGCCUAGACCUUCCUUUACCACAGGAUGUAGUCCUGAAGGAAAUUGUUCAUCAAAAUGUAAUUGUCAACAUUUAUACAUUCAAGAAAGCGAAAGUCUCUUGCAUGUGAAAUGUGGUGAUGUUAUCAACAGGUGUCUUUAUGUUCAAGGCAAGGAUGGGAAAGGUUUCAUUACCUUUCUAGAAACUUCCCAUGAACAUGAUUAGUAAUUAUUUUCAACUAGCUGUUUAGUGUCUUUCAUACUCAAUCAUCAAAUGUAAUCUGAACUAUCUGUCCAAAUUUAAUCUUUUAAUACUGUAAAUGUUAGGUUUCCUGUGCACUAAUCCCUCUCUCUGCCGAGGUUUUGUCAUUCAACACUAAGGUCAAACCUCAGUGCACGUGUGUUUUUAUUGCUUGUUAUUUUUGCCUUUAUUUUUUGAAUGAUCUUUUAACUGGACUUACAUUGAAGGAAUAGAACAUUAUGGAACCAUUAUGGAUAUUGUUGCAAUUUUUAAGGUCAUGGACUUGGACACUUGCUUGUUUGUAAGGAUUUCUCAUACGGUAUUGUAUUCAAGCAGGGUGCUGAGUGUAGUUGAUCAGAUCAAAUAAAUUGUGGAAUUGAC